AUGUUUGAUUUUAUUCCUCACUCGACUGAAUUGACAAAGUUGGUUGCUGCUGAAAUCACAUUAGUUUAUCACGGAAUACGUCAUGGACAUAGCUAUUUGAGUCAGGCAUGCACUGCUGAUGUCUCGAAGAAAUUGUUUCAAGAUUCAACUAUUGGAAAAAAUCUCACAUGUGGACGAACUAAAGCUCGUGAAAUUGCUGCUAAUGUUUUAGCUCCAUUUAUGACUUCUCAAAUUACAGAAAUGAUUAAUAAAUCCGGUUUUUAUUCUUUAUCAUUCGAUGCAUCUAACAAAGGUCACAAGAAAAUGUUUCCAUUUGUUGUAAAUUACUUCACAGUUCGUGGUAUCGAACGAUCAGUGAUUGAAGUAAUUGAACUAGUUAAUGAAACAGCUGAUCAUAUUGUUGCUUCACUUCGAGAAUUAUUAUUGAAACACAUCAAUAUUCGUUGGCUUAGCCUAUAUCCGUCUAUUGAACGAUUACUCAAAGUAUUUGAUCCAUUAUCUGCUUAUUUUUUGGAUUUGGGUGACGAAGAUGCUUUUCCAUGUCCACCAAUAAUUUCAAUGUUUUUUACUUCUACUGAAGCCAAAUAUCGAAAAAAACUGAAUCAAUCAUUUAUCGAUUAUGUGUCUAGUGUAAUUAAAUAUAUUGAGAAAUAUUAUGAUGAACAAUCUGAAUUGGCUGAAUUAACUGCCGUUUUUGGCAUACGUGAAAUCGAUCAAAUAAAAUUUCAUCAAAUUGAAGAGUGUGUCGUUUUUCUCAAGUUGGAAAUUGAUCAUGAUAAAUUAUUCGAUGAAUUGAAUAUUUUACAAUCCACAUUCAAAGAAGUCAAUUCAUAUCGUGAACCAUUGAGUGAUCAAAUUCGAAAAUAUAUCGGUGAUGAUGCUCAUAAUUUCAGUGGAGAUAUAAUCAAUGAUCAAAGUAAUGAAUCACAGGAUGAAGAAGAUCUUUUUCAUAAACCAACAAUUGAAAUUCAUGAAAAAGAAAAUCAGAUUCGAUCUGAUCAACUGUGGGCAUAUCUGCUCACAAAAUCAACAACUUUAUGCAGCGAAAUGACGAAAGUUCUUGCCUAUGUUUAUUCGAUUCCUUGUUCAAAUGCAUUUGCUGAAGGUGUCUUCAGUCAUAUGAAGCACGCAUGGACACCAAGUCGAAACUCGAUGUCGACUGAAACAAUUGCUACUGAAUUAAAGAUAAGAUUAAAUAGCAAAAUAAAAUGUGAAGAUUUUUAUUCUUUUGCACAAUCUCAACCAGAAUUGAUUAAAUCUGCUAAAAGCAAGCAGAAAUACAGUUAUGUAAAAAAACGUGUAUUAGCUAAUGCAAACAGAGAAGAUUUACUUUAA